UUGAACAAUCAACAACAACAACAAAAAUCCGCAACUACCCAUUGGCAGAGCAACAUAAACUUAUCGUUCACUCCCUCUCCCUCGCAGUCCGAAGUGGAAGAGGCUCGGCGGAAAGAAGAGGAGGCGACGCUGGCUCUGCUGGCGGCCUCGACGGCUCAGAGGGUCUCCAAAGUCUCCUCCUCCUCCUCCUCUUCCGACUCCGAAGAGGAGAUACAGCGCCCCAAGACCCCCGUGGUCGAGAAAGUCGAGGCCGCCCUUGCCCAGAGUGCGUUCAACGGCGACAACAUCUCUGAACACGAGGUCGAGAUUCAACGCCGAACCAGCAGCUCCUCCUCCGAGACCAGCCACACCAUGGCGCCGGUCAACGUCGAUCCAGAGCUUCUCGAGAUCCAGGAGCCCAAGGAGGAUGAAGCCGCCAUCAGGAGGAUGAAGCUGCUGGAGGACGUGAAGCAGUCCCUGGAAGCCGAACGCAAGCCCGACCAGCUGACCAUCCUCGACAAGAUCUACAACGCGAACAUCACCAAAGGCAACACCAAGUACAAGACGCUGCGACAGGUGCGACAAGGGAACACCAAACGACGUGUCGACCAGUUCGAAAACCUUUAAUUUUCUUAUCUUCCUCUUCUUUGUUUUUGUCUGUUUGUUUGUUUGUUUGUUUUCUUGUAUACGAAUUCUCAGACAAGAUGGGGUGGCGAAAAAAACGGUUUUGAUUGAUGAGAACGUUUCCCUUGUCUCGUAGACCAAUUCGAGAACUUACGUUUUUCCGUAAUUGUGUAUAUAUAUAUAUAUAU